AUCAGUUCCUGCAAACAUCCAGAUUCCCCUUUGCCGCAAGGAUGAGUUUCAAAAGCUAUUCCUCACUGUCAACUCACAGUGGCCCCAUCUCCCUGCGGAGAUCCGUGCCUCUGCAGUCCAGCGCCAGCAGCAUCAGUGGCUUUGGCCACAGGAUGACUGUGAGCCGGGUAUCGGGCGUAUCCCGGGUCGGCAGCCUGGGCAGCGGCCCUGGCGCCGGCCUUGGCAUCGGCGGUAUCGGGGGCAUCAGCAACCAGAAGGAGACCAUGCAGGACCUGAACGAUCGCCUGGCUAGCUACCUGGAGAAGGUGCGCAGCCUGGAGACGGGCAACACCAACCUGGAGCUGCAGAUCAAGGAGCAUCUGGACGCCAGGGGGCCCAGCGUUCGAGACUGGAGCCUCUACGAGAAGCCGCUGAAUGAGCUUCGCAAAGAGGUCUAUGACAUGACCGUAGAUAACGCUCGUUUGAUACUUCAGAUCGAUAAUGCUCGCCUGGCUGCUGACGACUUUAGAGUGAAAUGGGAGUCCGAGCUGAGCAUCAGGCAGUCUGUGGAAAAUGACAUCAACGGACUACGCAAAGUCAUCGACGACACCAACAUUGGGCGCCUGCACCUGGAGGGCGAGAUCGAGUCUCUGAAAGAGGAGCUCAUCUACAUCAGGAAGAAUCACGAGGAGGAAGUGAAAGCUCUUCGCUCCCAGAUCACUGAGUCUAGUGUGCAUGUUGAAGUGGAUUCUCCUCAAGGUCCAGAUCUGGCUAAGGUCAUUGCUGAUAUCAGGAAACAAUAUGAGGAGGUGGCACAGAAAAACAAGGAAGAUGCGGAGAACUGGUACAAGAACCAGAUGGACAGCUACAAAGUUGAAGUCCAACACAAUACUGAUGAACUGAGAAGUGCAAAGGGACAAGUCACUGAACUGCAUCGCCAGAUACAGUCUCUGGAAGUUGAGCUGGAGAGUCUUCUAAGCAUGAAAAACUCACUAGAAGGUACUCUCAAAGAUACAGAGCUGAGGUAUGAGAUGGAGCUGCAGAGCCUAAAUGGCAUGAUCAGUAAGCUGGAGGGAGAUCUAUUUCAGAUCCGCAGUGAUAUGCAGUCUCAGGUCAGAGAGUAUGAAAUCCUACUGAACAUAAAGAUGAAACUGGAGGCUGAAAUAGCAACAUACAGACGCCUGCUGGAUGGAGAGGACAUCAACACACUUGUUGAGUCAACUUCAGGUGUUACCUCACAAACUAUCAAGAAGACUACAGUCACCAAAGUCAUUGAUGGAAAAAUGAUGUCUGAUGAGUCAGUCCUCAUCAACUAAAUGGAAUGAAGCCAUGUCCACCUUCCAAUUGUCAUGACAGAUCACUUGUAGCUACAUUGAGAAAUGUAAUGUUCUGAAGUUUGUUGGCAUUUCUGAAUAUUGUCAAAAAUAAAGCUCAUGCUUGACUUUCAA